UGUUGGCUUUUGACCGCCAGCAGGGUGCGGUAGCUCGGACAGACUCAAUUUUACAAACCCUCUUGUCCAAAUGGUGAUUCUGUAACAAGUCACUGAUCAGGGCUACAAAUGCUUUCUUUGUUCCCGCACAUGUACAAUGUGAGCGCACACAGCGGAGCGGCGUUGCGGUGGUACCGGUAGACUUGUUGUUCCCCCUUGUCACACGCGCUUCACCCGCCCUGCGCUGAUUGGACCGAAAACUACCCCCGCUUCCAUCCCCGUGUUUCUUGUUUCACCCUCACACUGACUCGGGGAACGCCCACCAACAGGACCGGGAAAGUGACUUCAAACUGAAAAACACGCUGCAUGGCACACAGAUCAUGCAGGAGACGCUCGUGUGAGAGGAUGCGCUCAAAGCCUGUCUCUGACCCUGUAUUUGAACACGUUGCGUCAGUUUUCCAUUACAGAUAUUGGCCUUUUUAUGCUCCUUAGGUCAUAGUAAUCUAAGCGGAUAGAGUUGUCUCGGAAACUGCUGAGCGCGCUGGUUGGAUGCUUUUGGGUGAACAGGUGGCGCAAGAUCCAGCGCUCCUAAUUUGCCGGACGUUAAGCGUUUAAUAGGAUACCUGCUUUUAAAGUGGGUGAGAGUCUAGGUGCGACGUUCUUUUCUCCCCUUCUCAGACAAGGCAACACAGAUGCCCGUUUCGGACUACGACAUGGGAACGGACAACAGGACGCACGACGGGGAGACUUCAGACAGCGCCGACGAUGAGAGCACCUUCUCGGGCUCCCUGGGCAGCCCUGCCCCGAACGUCCUCAAGAACUUUUAUCACACCAAACGGGUCGGGAACUAUCUGAUCGGGAGGAAGCUGGGAGAGGGAUCGUUCGCCAAAGUUAGAGAGGGUCUCCAUACUCUGACGGGAGAAAGGGUGGCGGUGAAGGUAAUCGACAAGCGGAAGGCCAAGAAGGAUUCAUACGUCACAAAGAACCUGCGGAGGGAAGGCUUAAUCCAGGAAAUGAUUCGCCACCCAAACAUCGCACAGCUGUUGGACAUCCUGGAGACCGAGAACAGCUACUACCUGGUGAUGGAGCUGUGUCCCGGAGGGAACCUCAUGAACCACAUUUACGAGAAGAAGCACCUGGAUGAGAGGGAGACUCAAAAGUACAUUCGGCAGCUGGUGCUGGCCGUUGAGCACUUGCACAGGGCCGGCGUGGUGCACAGGGAUCUGAAGAUCGAAAACCUCCUAUUGGAUGAGCAGGACAACAUAAAGCUAAUAGAUUUUGGCCUCAGUAACUGCGCUGGCAUAUUGGGAUAUUCGGACCCCUUCAGCACCCAGUGUGGCAGUCCAGCCUAUGCCGCCCCUGAGCUGCUCUCCAGGAAGAAGUAUGGCCCAAAGGUGGAUGUUUGGUCCAUUGGCGUCAAUAUGUAUGCAAUGCUGACCGGGUCACUCCCUUUCACCGUGGAACCCUUUAGCCUUCGAGCUCUGCACCAGAAGAUGGUGGACAAAGAAAUGAAUCCUCUACCUCCGACCCUUUCAACUGCUGCCAUCUGUCUGCUGAAGAAGCUUCUUGAGCCAGACCCUCACAGGCGUCCAAAUAUACAUCAAGUGAUGACUGAUUCCUGGCUGCAGCUGGCCAACAGAAACACAGGAGCACCUUAUCGCAGCAGAAUCCACAUCGAAGAAAUAAACCAAGCAGUUUUGUUUCAUAUGACGGAGAAGAUGGGUUACAAGCACAGCGAAGUGCUGAGCGCCGUCCUCACCAACCGCGCCUGCCACAUUUUGGCCGUGUACUUCCUUCUGAACAAGAAGAUGAAGAGACUCUCUAAAGAGUACAGGGAGAAGCAGAUGCAGGAGAAAAAGAAAGAAGAGAAGCGACAAACCGAAUACUUUCAAACACAGUGGAGGAAGCACGUAGAUAAACUCACCAUCCCCCCGAAACAGACGCCCGUCUACUUGGCUGUUAGCAAGGGGCAGAACAAGGAGAAGAAACACAAAACAAGUAUACUGAGAGCGUUGGCAGUAGGACAUCGUAAGUCCCCUCUGGCACCUCCUGGAACAGUUGCUUCAUCAUCCAUGGAGUACCUUGAGAUUCAUCCUCUCUUCCCCAACACUCCACAGCACCGGAGGCGCUUGGCCACCCUCCCUCCGGUCAACACAAGUCCAGAACAUAACAUUCCUGCUCCACCAGCGCCGUCGCCAAUCGGCAUGCAUUCUUUUGGUUCACUUUCCAAAGCCGAACAAAUUGAGGAUACACCUUCCACACCCUGGUACAAGCUGACCAAUGGCACUUUGUCACCACCACGACACGUCUCUGCCUUCCAACCCGACUCUUCCUACUUAAAAAAGGCCACCAUCCCCAGUCCCCCAGUCCUGAUUUCCAACCCACAGCCCAAGAAGAAUUUGUCGUCAGAUGGGUGCGGUUCCUCCGACACUAGUGGAAGCCCCUCUAGCAGUGUGGGAAGUCCGCCAGGAGGUUCGGCAUUUAUGCCUCUGAAGUCUGCCUUUAGUCUCAUUAACCCCAACUCGGCGUUCAGCCCUCCAUCGAACAGCGCGAGCAGCGAUCCUGAGAGCCCAACACAUCGCAGUAAACAUCCCUCUAUGGGGAAAGGACUGAAGAAGAAAGUCCCGCUGCAGCCUUUUACAUUCCGACCGGAACAAUUCAUUGAGGAGGUUGUGUCCCCACCUCCUUACCCAAUGAAAACACUCAUGUGUGCUUCAGGUGCACUGAAGACCCUGUGCUGAGGGAUACAAACAAAAAUGAAAGGAACAUUUGGGCCCCUCUCAACAGUUUGUAAAGGUUGGAGAGGUCUUCCAGAGUGGCCUUUUGAACAGUGAACUGCCCCUUUAUUCCAACUGAGCCACUUUUCAUGACAUAUUUUAAUAUGAAAAUUAGACACGGGCCGGCAUGAGAUUCUCACAGGACAUUAACAAUCAGCAGAGAUACAACAUUUUAAAGAAGUUAACACAAAAAGUUAAAAGCAUGAUCUUAUUAUUUUAUUUGUAAAAUAAAAACAUCAAUUAUUACUACUGUUGCAAAAAUAGGCCUUCAUAAUAUGUUCAUUAUUUUGACAUAGGCCAGUGGUUUUCCAACUUUUUAUAACACGUACCCCCUCAGUAAAUAGCAGGUUUUCUCAGGAACCACCAUCUUGACUGACCUUUUAAAACAGUUGCAUAACAGUACUCAGACCGGUAACAGUUUGUCAUACUAUGUCAUAAAACUCUCCAAAAAAUAAAAAAAAAUGUUUAUCUAUUGGCAAUGUUUGACUUACUGAAGGAUGCACUUAAAUGUGGGGUUUUUACUCAGAAGUUCAAAUGUUCAGGUUUGACUUUGGAUGAAUAAAUCUCCCUAGCUAAUCAUUUAGAGCUGUUGGUGCUCAUUUGCUCUACACAACAAUUAAUUUGUUUCUAUUUAACUUACAAGUAUUAAAAAUUUAAUCUGAAUACCACAAAAGCCAACCCAGGUACUACCAGUGGUACUUGUGCCACGGUUUGAAAACCGUGGAUAAAGGCUAAAGCAAAACAAAAAUUUAUAAAAACACCCGUUCAGUUUAGUAGUUUUCAAGAAAACUUUUCUGAUUUAUUAUAGCAUUGCUACAUUGUCUUUUAUACAGUAACACUGGUGUUAUAAGCUGAUAUUAGCUUGUUAAUAAUUUAGACUGAACGUUGCUUGCCAGCUGCAGUUGUCAAAUACCAAUACUCUAAUAACGGGCAUCAUGCCUUUUUUAUUUUCCAUAUGACUCUGUGUUGUUUUUUUUUUUUAGCAAGAGCAAAUUCUUCCAAACUUCAGACUUUGUAUCUUUUUGUAAGAAAGAAAAUGUGUAGAGGCCUUCUGUUACCUUCCUGGUCAGCACUGUUCAGCAACAGGUUGGGGCAGAAAGCUUGGAUCACUCUGGCACUUUCUCUGGCAUUUAAGUCAAAUCAUUUUAAACUGUAGGAAAAAUAUGAUGAAAAGUUUAAAACGUUGGAAUACAUUGAAAACCUGACACUGAAACCUGUAACCGGCCCAUGCCUAAUUAAAACAUGAAACAAGAAUGGAAAAAGGGUGACAAUUUAACGUUUUACCUCUUGAAUUGUGUUGUAAGAUAAUGAUGAGGACAUUGACAAGAUGAGAUUUGAAACAGAUCCUCGAGCAAUGACUAAACCUCGCUGUGUCCUAGAUACACAGGGGACUUGGGACAACUUAUGAUGUGGGCCUUGACAACUAAUGCGCUCUCUUACACAUACAAACACACACUCUGUAAUAUAGACCAAGUUUGAGGUACUUUUUUGUAAUAUUGCUUCAUCUGGUUUGAGAACAAGCCGCAGACUGAUUCACACCAGCUGACAGGACCCGGCACUUAACCCUAACUCUGACCUUACAUGUGUAAAUGUUUUUGUCUCUCUAGAAACUGUACUAUAGCCACUGAGUUCCAGCCAGCUCGCACUGUAGCCUGAAUGCUGGCUGGCUGGGGGGAGAAAAAGCUCACUGCACUAUUACUGAAAACCAAAACCUGUAGGAAAUAAAUGUGCUGACUAUCUUUACCUCACUGCAUUAAUCGUGCAUUUCUGCAUACUAUAGUGACAGUCAGGUCUGACACGCCUGUCUGUGUGGGAUGAGUCUAAGUGCUGACUUUAGAUUUAACACAAUAUAACCACAUAGGGACCAACAGUAGAAUCAUAAGCUCACUUUUUUAUAAACUCUCAGUACCCAUCAGUGAUAAAUCACACUUCUUACCUUUUUCUACACAUGUAUUGACUCACCAACAGGAAAACUCAUAUUUAAGGAUCAUUUCACAGCUGAACUCGCCAGUUUGUAGUCAGUAAUAUAAAAUAGAGCAUCAGAAGCCUUAUAAAACUUAACCACCUCACUGGAACGCUGAGGGAUUGAAAGUGGGAACAAGUGCUAGUAGUGUCACCUAACAUCUAAAGAAGAAGUAACUCGCCUCCUUUUGUCUUAAUGCUGUAGUUUGUGCAAUAGUCUUAAGUGUUUAACUGCAAUGAUGAUUAUUUGCCAAGAGCUCUUCGAGCGUGAUGUGAACAUUGUUCCUGUAAAUACCAGUCUUAAUUGCCCUUCACAUGAAUCGUAAUGUAUAGGAGGAAUUUAAAAAAAUGUUUAUGGAGAUGGCAUUUUUACAAAAAACAAAAGGCUUCCACUGGCACAAGGGUGUUUUUUGCCUCACUAUUAAAUACUGUAGAAUCUUUUUUUUUUGUCAACCCGAUGAAAAGUUGCAUGAAUCGAACAGUAAUGUCAUCAUUUGAAAUUAUGUCUUUGUAAUGGCUUUUUCUUUUUGAAAUGGAUAUUGAUACAGACACACUGGGGGUCUUUUGUAAGAUUUUUUUAAUGAUUGGUUUGAGUGUCCAGAGAUUUCUAUGCUGUAUAAAGUAUUUUAAAUAUCUAUACUGA